AUGAUCAUCCGGCCCCGACGCCUCACCCCGGGGUAUUUCCGCCUGCUCCAGAUGCAGCUGGCGGCGGGGCGGGGUGCUGAGCCCAAGGACCGGGCGCUGCCCCCCCUGGCCCUGCUGCUGGCGGCCGCCGGGCUCUGCCUCUCCCUCUACAGCGCCCGGAGGAUGGCCGGACCCGCCAAGGUGCAGGGGGUGGGUGCCAGGGGCUGGCGGAGCCUCUCGUCCCUCUUCGCCCGUGAGGACGAGCACCAGCUGCUCAGCCCGGAGCCCUGCGCCGACCACCCGCUGGCUGCCUCACCGGCAGAGCCCCCCCCGAAAACACCCGGCUUUUGGGAUCUCUUCGCUACCAAGUGGCAGCAGGCGGCGGCCCCCGACCAGGAGGAGCCCCCGACGGAGCCGAGCGAGAGCCCCGGGGAGCCGCCGGGGGACGAGGGCCCCUACGACCUGCGGGAGCCGGAGGAAGGGGCCUUCAGGUGGGGCUUCCUGGCCAGCAAGCUGGCUGAAAUCCGAAAUAAAAACGCCCCCAAGGGCAACUAG